AUGACCGACCUGCUUCAACUGAUACCUGACUUCCCUGUUAGGCAGUUUGCUGGACUGGUACAGACCCUGGAACGCCACCAGCUUUCCGUCACCGACAUUCUGACUCAGGAUGUCAUUGAUAUAGGCAAGCGCACCCAGUUGCCCUUGCUUGACAUCAAAAGACUCUGCGCCGCUGUCGUUGAUGCCCUCCAUCGGGAUUUCGGCCCUGCUAAUGAGCCGCCGAAUGCCAGCCGAUUUCUCAAGCGCUCUCUGACGGACCUAGAGAACCAAUGGUCUACAAUCAGCACUCUGGACGAUUCUCUCGACCGAGCUUUGGGGGGAGGCAUCCCGGCCGGCUAUGUGACCGAGAUAACGGGCGAGAGCGGCGCUGGGAAAACGCAGUUCCUGCUGUCCUUGUUGCUGGCCGUUCAAUUACCGCCGCCAUAUGGCUUGGGUCGUCCAGCCAUCUAUAUCACAACGGAAGCUCAGUUAUCCACCAAACGUCUCUCGCAAAUGCUGUCAUCCAACUCGCGGUUUGCCGACCUUGCGCCAGAAGAUAAACCGUCUCUAGACGCAAUCCUCAGCACCUCGACACCCGACCUCGAGUCACAAGAGCACAUUCUCCAAUUUCAAGUUCCCGUCGAGGUCGAGCGGCGGAAUACUGGACUCAUCGUUCUGGACUCGGUUGCUUCCAACUAUCGAGCCGAAUUCGAACGGGGAGCUCUCGGCAAUCAUGGAUCAAACAUGGGAGCUCGUAGUAACGAGCUCACACGACUUGGAGCCUUGCUUAGAGAGCUGGCCCAAAAGUACAACUUGGCUGUCGUUGUCGCCAACCAAGUCGCAGAUCGCUUCUCUAGUCCUUUUGCGCCGAUUGCAACCCCUAGAGCGGCACCGGCUGCAGUUGCAGGCUUCACCCAGGAAAGUCCACUGGCAUCACGGAGCAGAGGACCUAGAGCUUUCUCUCCUUCAGCAGUCGAGCCGACCUCGUCCAUAGCCGAGCAUGUUCGUUCUAGCAUGCCUGAACCGCCCGGUCUGGACGAUUUUGGCCCGCCUGCGCCUCCCGCGCUGGCUUUCGAUCAUCAGCAGCGUUGGUUCACGGGGUGGGGCGAUGAUCCAUUUGCCGACUACGGACUGAAGACGCCGAGUCUGGGCCUUGUGUGGUCGACGCAGAUUGCGUGCCGGAUCGCGCUGUUCAAGAAACCCGUUUAUGGAGUGCAUCGACACAUAGAAGAUGAAGCAGAUGAUCGGGGCAUGCCGGCACUCAAGAACUGGCGACGAUGGAUGAAGGUGGUCUUCGCCCCCCACGCGAAAGCCACAGGACAGGGUCUGGAUGGCGCUGUUGAAUUUGCAGUGACUAUGGCUGGAUUGAAAGCGGUUAAAAAGAAAGAGUCUGAUGACGACUGA